AAUAUCUUCUAUCUGCGAUCCCACCCCAUUUACUAUUUAUAAAGAUAUUAUCACUGAAUACUGACUUUGCACUGAUCUUGACUGGUCUAUUCAUUCUGUGAAAAUGUUCGAAAUAUUUAUAUUUAGAUAUUUUUUAUUAUCCUGUUUCUUCUGUGCUGUAUUGGGAAAUGACAAUUAAAUGUACAGAUAUAAUCAUUUUGUAGAUUCAAUAUGAUAUCACUGUUUUCAAAAUAUAAACUUGUAGAACACAUCAGCGAAAUAAGUUCUUCACUCUUCAAUAGAUUAUCUGCUCCACCAAGAAGUGCCCACACAGACAUCAGGUUUCCAGAUUUCAAGAAAUAUCAAAGAAAACCUCCCCUGCGAGAUAACAAUGCUAAAGAAGAAUCGAAAAGUGGUCAUGGUUUAGUUGUGGGUUUAAGCGUUAUCGCGGGUAUUUACUCAACAAAAGCGGUAGCACAUAUGUUUGUAAAAUCGAUGGCGAUAUCAGCGGAUGUCCAAGCUCUAGCAAAAGUUGAAAUAGAUCUGGCUGAAAUUGCUGAAGGAGGACAUACAACGAUUAAGUGGAGGGGUAAACCAUUAUUUCUGAAGCAUCGUUUGCCUGACGAGAUAAAUGAUUGCAGAGCAACACCUUUGUCUUCUCUGAGAGAUCCUCAAAGUGACGAAGAACGGUGCCCAAACCCAGAUUGGCUGGUUACUAUAGGUGUAUGCACUCAUUUGGGCUGUGUGCCCAUUCCUAAUUCAGGAGAUUAUCUGGGUGGUUACUAUUGUCCGUGCCACGGUUCACACUAUGAUGCUGCUGGAAGGAUAAGGAAAGGACCAGCCCCAACUAAUUUAGAGAUACCUGUACACGAGUUCCUGCCUGAUAACAAGUUAAUAGUGGGUUGAAACUGAAGAGAACUAGAGUUCUUUUUAUAUACACUUUUAAAUUUUUGUGUUAUUCGACUUGAUAUCAUCCAAAUUGUUUUGGAUAAAUCAUUUUAGCGACUCGAUAACUUUUUAUAAACCAUGUGGAAGAAUAAUAAAAUGAACAAGGGGAUUCA